AUGCCCAACGCUGACACCUCCAUCUGCGGCAUCGUCUAUCAGGAACACAUGUGGCUGACUACGAUUCGACAGGAGCGUCUGGACAAAAGGGUUCGGCCGCGCCGCCAGAGCGUCCGCGGGGAAACCGCUCUUUCAGGCUUUUGGCGUUUGCCUUCUUGGGUCGCACUGUUGAACGGUGGUAAAAGCACCAUGGCGGCAACUGUGCCAUCAACAAGGGCCUUCUAUGGCCCCAUAAACCCAGCCAUUCUCGGGUUUGAUUGGGACGAAGAUGUGGAGGAAGAAGUUGGGGGGCGCACGGAGGGGGGCCUGGUUGAGGAUCGCCCACCACAAACACAACAGCAACGACCCCACCAACAACAGCCACGACGGCAGCCACAGAACCAACAACAACGCCGCGAGCAGCACCAAGAGCGGACCGUUCCAAAUCCGUGGGGUCUGGGAUCCGCCGUCUUGGACUUCUGGCGCUUCAACGCUGCUCUCCUCCGAGACUUCGACGAUGAUACGGCUAGCGUCGCGCCAGGUAUGGCAACGGAUGGCGGAAGCGUUGCUGGAGAUGCCACGAGCGCGGUGACGCCGGCAGGGGGGGCGCGGACACAGGAUCCGAGAUUACCCUCGGCGCCUCUCGCGGACCGCUCCGCGGCGUUGACCCCCCUUGGGGGCGGGGAUCUGUUAUGGGGAACGGGGGCACGGCGGGCGGGGGAAACACUCCCACGCGGGGAUGCGGCCACAAACCGCACAGAGUCCAACCGGUCAAACAACCCCUACGCGGCAGCCAUCGAGGACAGACAGAACGCCAUGACGAUGUCGUUCCUGCGUAGCCCGACACGGACUGGACCCGCCGAUGCUCUCCCAACCUCGGCACUCGACGAGCUUGGGUUUGGGCAAAGAUACCAAGUCGCAAGGAAGACAGCCACGGUUGUUAUCACAAACCAGCGGAGGCUGCCCGAUAUCCUCAGCGGGGACCGUGACUGCAUCAUUUGCACCGACACCAAGCCCGUGUCCGAGUUUCCCACGGCGGCGAUCACCAAGACCUGCACCCACGAGCCAACCGCGUGCCUCGUCUGCGUUGCCACAUCCAUCCGAACCGACCUUAGCAGCCGGCUCUGGAACGAGAUCAAGUGCCCAGAAUGCCGUGAGCUGUUGGAGUACGAUGAUGUCCAACGCUUUGCGGAUGACGAAACGAAGGAGCGCUACCAAACCCUCUCCUUCCGCUCCGCCAUCUCCUCGUCACCCAACUUCAUCUGGUGCACCUCGGGGUGCGGCUACGGGCAGGUGCACGAGGGCGGAGCGUCGUCGCCCAUCGUGACGUGCCGGCUGUGUGAGUACCGGUCGUGCUUCCACCACAAGGUGGCAUGGCACGAGAACCUGACGUGCGACGAGUACGACACGCUGCUCGCGGACCCGGCCAACUUCCGCAGCCGCUUCGACAUCGAGAACGAGGAGGCCCAGCAGGCCGCCGCCGCGCGCCAGGCCCAGGAGGACGCCGACCGUGUCUUUGCCCAGAGCAUGCUGGCUGAGGAGCAGCGUGUCGCGGCCGAGGAACGCGCCGCCAGGGAGCGCGCCAAGAGGGAGGAGAAAGAGGCCGCCGAGAGGGCUGAGCGCCAGGCCAAGGAGCGCGAGAUGCGGGAAGCCGUGGCCCGCAAGAAGCUCGAGGAGGAGGCCAGCACCCGCACCGUCGGGAGCACCACCAAGCCGUGCCCCGGGUGUCAGGCGCCCAUCGAGAAGAACCAGGGAUGCGCGCACAUGACCUGCGCAGUGUGUAAACACGAGUUCUGUUGGGACUGUCUCGCUAGCCACAAGGAGAUCUUGGAGAGCGACAACAGUGCCCACAAGCCGGACUGUCCUUGGCACCCGGACAACAUCAAGGACUGA